AUGAGUGGCAAAGAGAACAUGCUGCUGCAGAGCCUCGAUGAUGUUCUGCAGAGAGCAGAGGAGUCCUUGGGCAUCACUCCAUCCCCAGCAAAACUCCAUACAGAUCCAAAGACGUACUUCGGCAGGAAACUCAGAGAAAGCGCGCAGCAGGGAAUGCAGCCUUACGCAACAGCGCCACCCGCCAACUUCAGACGAUCUUUUGCAGCUUCCCCCACCUCCUCCUCUGACAGCGAGGCUGAAUCGGAGGCUCGGUCUCAGGACGCUCGGGUGAACUGGGAGGCAGCGCUGGCGUCCAAAGAUAAGGCGCUAGCUCAGCUGGAGGAGGCACUGGCGGCAGAGAGGAAGGCAGCCGAGCAAACGCGCAUAACAGCGGCGGCAGCGCUGUCCCAGGCAGAUGCCAAGCGCAGCAGCGCAUCUGCCACGGACGCGGCCCUGGCCGAGGCCAGAAGGGAGGCGGACCAGCUGCGACGGCAGGCAUGCAUUUCACACUUGGCAUGGAGAAAUGCGCGCAUAGCAGAGGCGCGACAGGCCGCUGCAGCUGCAGCGUCUGGCUCGGCCGACCAGGCUGCGCGCACAGAGCACCACAUGGCGAUGAUGCAGGCUCAGGUGAGGGACCUGCAGGCGUCCCUUGCGCAGCAGACGGCCUCUGCGCAGCAGCACUUGGGUCGUGCUGAGGCAGCACAGGCAGCCAACUCAGCUUUGCAGAACGAGAUAAUGCUGCUGCAAGCACGCCUGAGCGAGCAGAAUGAGGCGCUGCAGAGAACUCGCCACCAGGAGAACAUGUCAGCACCAGGGCCUGCUGACUGGACGCAGCGCCGUGACACUCCAGCAGAAAAUCAUGUCACCGGUGUGAUGCCCUCUGCCAAGACCUUAGCUGCUGUAGAAGGGGACAAGGGGCUUGAGAGGCAAUUCACGCGCCUGCAGGAGAGGCUUGUGUCCAGAGAUGCAUCAGCGCGCAAGUACAAGGAGGCUGUGAAGGUACUCAAGAGUAGAGUCCUCGAAGCCAUCAAAGUGGCGAAAAUCAACCAGGAGGAUUGUGAACGGCUGCGUGGGCAGCUUGCUGAAUCAGAGCAAGCCCAGCAGGCCAUCCAGGAGAGCCUUGGCAGCACGAGAAGCCAACUGGCGACAGCUCAGAGGCAAGCAGCAGAUGCUGAGCAAAGUCGGGCCAUCGGCCUCCAAGAGCGCGAUGAGGCUCAACGCAGGGCACAGGCGCUGCAGCUGCGCGCUGAGAAGGCAGAGAAGUAUGCACUGAAAGUUCACAGGCUCUUAGAAGCUCUGAGGUCCCACAUGGAGGCCGCCCAGAAGCAGGAAGCAGCUGCUCAGCAGCAGGCAUCGCCCCAUGAGCAGAGCAUUACCAGCUUGAAGGCUCAGCUCUCAGAGGCAGCGCAAGCGGCAGCUGCUGCAUCCACUCACGCCCACAGCAUUCAGGAGAGACUGGCCAUCAAAGAGGGGCAGUGUGAGCAGCUGCAAGCUGCGCUGUCUGAGGAGCGGCGGCAGUGCAGCCAGGCCAGGCAGCAGGCUUCUGAGCUUGAAGCCAACUUGAAGGGACUGUGGGAGGAGGCAGGCACACUGAAGAGCAAGCUGGCAGAAGCUGUGGCUGUACAGGGAAGAGCCCGUGAGGAGGCGGGGAAAGAGUUGGCGGCUGCAAAAAUUGCCUGGGAGCUCAGGCGCCGAGAUGAGCUGCAGGAUCUGCAGGUACAGGUUGAUAGGACGCUGCGCGCACAGGAGGCUGCAGAGGCCAGGCUUGCAGAGCUGGAGAAGUGCGAAGCCAGCCGCACGUCCCAGAGUGCGGCUGGGAGUGAGGCGCAUUCAGCCCCAGCAGCUGCGUGCCGCAUGCAGAAGCUGAAAGAGGUGCUGGACAUGCGGGAGCGCUGCAUAGCACACCUGCAGGACAAGCUCCGGCAUCAGCAGGCUCACCAUGCACAGAUUGAGACUGGGCUGAGAGCGCAAUUGGAGAAGCGUGUCAAGGCGCUGGAAGAUGCCGACAAGCGAUUUGGCGAGUUAGAAUCACUGAUGCGGCGGUUGUCCGCUCGCUCUGGCAUCUUGUAG